UUAAAAAUGAACAAUUUUCAAUUUAUACUUUUACUGACCUGUUUUGGACUUUCUCUUUGCAAUCAUACUGACUCAUUUUGCUCCUCUCCUGACUUUGACUUUGAUUGUGGGGUUGGCGAACUUCGUAGUCGUUGCAUCUCUUCCGUCUGGACUUGUGAUUACAUUUUUGACUGUUCUACUGGAGCGGAUGAGGGCUUUCUUUGCAAAUAUUUACAUAAAUGCCCACCCGGCUAUUUUAUGUGUCGCAAUGGUGAUUGUAUCUUGGCAUCCAAACGAUGUGACUCCAUUAAUAAUUGCAUUGACCGGUCCGAUGAGCUUGCUUGUUUCGUUUCUACAACGGAGGAGGAGGAGGACAAGGAAGAUAUUCUUGACCAACGUGCGGAGGCUUUUAAUGAUCAAAACGAUGGCACCACCUCAACAUUUUUGCUCUUGGCUCUCUUUCUGCUUGUUGUCUUGGUGGUUCUUCUCAUUGUUUGGGUUACUCGACGCUAUCCGGAUACCAAAUCUCAACUUGACCUUGCCUUAAAGAAUUUCAAUCAGCGAGUUCGUGGCACUUCCAGCGAGGCGCAUGUGAACAUUCUCGUACCGGCAGAGGACAAUUACUUUGACAACCCGCUCUCUACGUUGCAACCUCCACUCUCACUCAAUAUCACCGAAGUUACCAUUGGACAAUAAGAAUUUUUGGAAAAUUUUUUUAUUUUAUACUUAAACAACAGG